UCAGCAGACUCAACUAAAACAGGAUGAACUACAAUCAGCUCUCAUUCAUACUCUACAGUCUGUGAUGGUAUGAUGUCAACUGGAGCACUAGAACCUGAGGAGGGAAUUUAACGCAACAGUUAGCAAGUUUAACAGCAUACCAUAGCAGUAUGCACAUCAGAUAUAUACAAGAACUCUAACUUUCACUGUAUACACCACAUCAUGGGUUCUGAGCAAAGUAAAGAUAAGAUGUACUGCACCAGAUAUUUAAAUGGCAAUGGACCUCCAUCACUAGCUGACCAAGUUGAAAACUGUGCCGAUGGAAAGAGCGGACACAAAAGAAACUCUAAAAUAGUAAAUGGAAACCAACCAGAUGACGGGCGGAUGUCAAUAACGCACCUGAGGAGGAAUGUGGAAGGAUAUCCAGACUGUGAUACCAUACAAAUAAACUUUGAAUUUGAAGAUGGAAUACAGACGGAGAAACAUCCUAAUCCAGGGCAGAAAUACUACGGGCUUAAAACAGUGGCCUUUGUGCCUCAGAACCAUGAAGGAAGGAAGGUGUACCGCCUGCUAGAGAUGGCAUUCAAAUACAAGCUGCUGUUUACAGUGGCCACUACUAGCACUGGAGAAGAACGAGUUACCUACGCUGACAUUCCUUUAAAAACCAAAGAAAGUGGAGGGCAUGACAGCUUCAGCUAUCCAGACCCAGAGUAUCUGAAAACGGUGACAAAGAUCCUGAAAUCUAAAGGGAUAAAAUGAGAAGGAAAGUUGAAAGAUGAACAAUAUUCCAGCAUAAUAUACGGACUAUAUGGACUGUGUGCAGGAUUUAUACAUGUGAUAUUCAAGACUGACUACUUUACAGUGAAAAGUGAUUUUGUUCAUUUGUGUAUAUGUAUAGGUAAGUGUAAUCACUAUUAGUGCCACAGACCAAACAAAAUGAUACAGAAUAAAUUAAAUAAGCAAAUUUAAAUAUAUGUUGAACUUAUUAACUGGAUAUUAUUUUACACUAUUAUUUUUUCAUUAUUAUUAACUCUCACAUCCUAAUGGAACUUUAAAUGAGUGCUUUGCUAAAGGCAGGUGCACUCAGAGGGUAAACUCAUUAAGCCUAUAGAUAAGACUCAUAUACACUGAUAGUAGUAACUGUAAAAAAAAUAAAUAUUUGGUGUAAUACAAAUGCAUAAUUAGAGUCAUAAAGAAUUUGGACUUUCCAAUUAGAUUAGAUCUAGAUUGUUCCAAUAAAAUAAAGUCAUUUCUCAAUUCACUAAACUUUGGUUAGAGUUUCAAAUUUCAGAGUAUUAAAAAUGAGGUCAAGUAAACAAAAAUAUCAAAAUAUAGAGUGCUCUUUUGACUGGCAGUGUACAUGGAAAAGAACAGGGGAAUCUGUUAUGUUUGCUACAGAUAGUGUUUGCUAUGAUAUGUUUUGUUAAGUAGUAUGGAAUGUUGUUGAUCAACUGUCUAUUUGACAGGAAGAGAUAAGAAUGCAGAUAGAUUAUACAGUAUGGUACAACAUUCCUAGCAAGUUAUUUAGUCUCCACUGAGAUUUUUUAGAAUCUCUCUUCCUGAAGAUCUUUCUUCCUUUCUUCAUUAUAUCUAGUAGUAUUUAUCUAGCACAGUUUGUAAAACCUUGCCAAAUUAUACAUUUGUAAUAUUUCAUUUGCAUAGUGUAAAUAAACCUGUUUCAUCAAAGCAAGGAUUUAUAUAAUACACCUUACCCAUUUACCUUAAAAUUUAAAUGGAUAGGUGUUAAUUACAGACUAAGGUGACUCUCACACCUCAGACUCAUGGGACAUGCCAUUUGAUUCAUCAGGCAAGAUGGAAGAUUGAGAGUGUAAAUUAAAACUCCUAAUUAUAAGCAAAGGUGUCAACAUUAAAUGUUCUCCAUCUAUUGAUUUUAGUUUGUCAGUAUAGAUUCGCCACAAAUCUAUUCUUCUAAAAGCUAGAGAGUAGACUACAGGUAGCCUAUAUUUUUUCUGUUUGUCUGCUAUCCAUCCGGCAGAUUGCAGAGUCUGAACUUUUUCAGGAUGAUGGAGGCCCUUUUGUUCUCUUCAAACUGAAUUAUGGGCUGGGCUUCACACAGACAAUAAAGUCUAAUCAGAUUGGCGGGACCCAUUAAAGAGGCCUCUGUCAUCUCCACAGGCGUUCUUAAACCACUUUCUCCUGCAUGCUCCACCAGGAGUCAUCUGUCCCAACUGUCAGCAGCUACCGCUGCUGUGACAGCUAUCAAAUCUGGCCAGGCUACAUCACCUCAUCCUCGUCAUCCUCCACCACACUACACCCCUCAGUCCUGCCAUUACUCCUUCUGCUACUGAAGAGCAACACUAGCCAGCCUCUAUUUGUAACUAUAGCCCACAAAUGAAGUACAUAAGUCUCCAUGUAGCCAUAGUAUCUAUACCCUGCCUUGUAAUUCAUACUACUAAUCUUGCUGUGCAUGACACUGGCUUCUCUAAUAUCUCAUAAAUGCAUUGUGUGAAACUGACAGACAACACAUAUGCUUUUUUUCUCAAGUCAAUAAACUGUGACCUGAAAUCA